AUGGCCGGGGCUUCCUCCCUGCAGGAUGACAUCCUGGCGUUGGUGAAGAAGCACAGCGACACGUGCUUUCCAGAGGAUUUGCUCGCUCGGGUGUCGGAGGAUGCCAGGCUCCUGGCGGCCAAGAUGAAAAUCAGGUCUCUUCACGAGGAAGACCCGUUUGGACUCUUCUCGUACGGCCGCGACGAGGACGGAGCGGAGAACGGCGGCGGCGGCGACGGGGCGAGGAAGGUUCCCUCCACCGAUGAUCUGCCGGACAACGUCCUCCGCAUGCUCGAGGGCAUGAAGAUAAACCGCCUGGACAAGGUAGCUGCUUUAAACGGUUUCACGACGAUAGACGCCGAGGUGGAGUUCUCGCGAACCGGCACAGAUUCAACCGCUACUGCCGCGGCCAGCGCGGGCACCAAUGGCCCUACCGUCACGUCUUCUGCUGCAACACGAGGCAAGCCGACGCUGUCGGAGAGAACGGUGGCCGCGGCAGCACGAGCGGUCGCUGCGGCGGGAGAGAAAGCGACAAUAGGCGCAGCAGAAGAUGAAGGAACCUCUUCGGACGAGGACGAUGACGACGACGAUGACGAUGAUGCAGGAUCACCCGUGUUCCUCACAUUCCGCUUCCGGAGAGAGCCCCUGGGGAGGGGCCCCGCUGAAUCCUGGGACGGGAGGGGCAAACGCGUGGCGCUUGGUGGCGACGUCCACGACAACGACCACCAAAAGGCGCGGGAGGUGAUCGACCUGGCGCUCGACGAUGACGACGACGGAGAAGAAGAACCUUCGUCGGUGAUAUCGACGACCCCGAAGGGCGACAACGAAGGGGGUUCUUUGUUCGAGAAGAAGGGCUCGGCGACGGCCGUCCCCAACAAAAUCGCCGCCAGCAGAGACAUCUCCUGCGAUGACGGCGGCGGCGGCGAUAGCCACGGUAAGGAGGGGCGUAAGAGGGCCGGGUCCAGGGGCCGGGGGAGCGAGGAGGGCCGCGGCGGCAACGACAAGGGUAGGAAGCGACCCAAAGGCGGCGAGGAGGAAAAGGAGGAGGAGGAGGAGGAGGAGGAGGGUGCCGAUGACGAGGAGGGUGCCGAUGACGAGGAGGGUGCCGAUGACGAGGAGGGAGGGAAGCAGGGGGUGGACGGGGACGCGAAGCAGUGCGAAGAGGAUGACGAGGGGCUGGAUUACGAGCCCCGGACGCUGGUGUCGUACUCCAUCAGCGGGGGGAUCGGGUACGACGCGCCGGCAACUCUGCUGCAGGCGUUGGUGUACGCGAGAGGAGACGGCCCUGCUUGCGUGAUGCCGCCCCCCAAACCCAAGGAGAGAGACGACGACGUCGACGACAACGAAAACGACGAGGAGGACGAGGACGAGGACGGAGGAAGCGUGUGCAACGACCAAGAGGACGUGUUCGACUGCGACGUGAACGGACCGGCGUUGGCGGCUCUUGGAAGGGCGCUAGGCCUCCACACCGAAGACCCCCCUACGUCGGACUCGCACUCCGACUCCUCUUCCGAUGACGGUGGGGACGUCCGAAUGAAGGACUCAGGCGCGCGACCGUCGGCAUCAGCAAAGGGCCCCGAGAAGGAGUCGGACACUGCAGAUGGCGAGCCUGGGAAGGGGAUUGGGAGCAUGACCCAGUCGGAUCUCGUCUGGUGGCUGCUGCUGUUCCCCUUCUUCGAGAAAGAAUUCGACUUGGUAGAAGUCGUGGCGUCGAGCGUUUUCGGGGAGGACGAUUCGGACGACUCGGACGACGGGGAAGGGGAAGAAAGCGAUCCGGAAGCGUGACUGACGAAUAUCGCGAGCGCUUCGGACGGACGGGGGGGGAGGGGGGCUGGUGUCGUCGGUUUUCUGUUCUGGAAGCGAAGAAAGCCAAACUGGUGGUGCUACGGGUAUGUGGUUUUGUGUUUAUGUGGGUUUUGUACCUUGUUUGUGUCGUGGGGUUGCACCCUGUUUUGUCUACCGGCGCCUUUUGCAGCACGUGGCGGAUGGUUGACCUUUACCUUUUCUUGCCCUGUUGUCGUCGGCUACACGGAUCGCACGCCGAAGUGGCGACGACGUUAGUCUUUGGUACUCCCUGUUUUGCUGAUCGAGGCGCGUCGCAUGUCGAUCGAGGCCUGCCGCAUUCAUCAAGUACGACGGUGCUGCUCUUUGGGGGGUUGUCUAAGAAGCACGCGGAAUGCAAGGGUGUUUAAUUGUUCCCAUUCGCCGUCGACGCGAGCUGCAGCGACAACGCUGCGUGACGAGCCCUGGGCGUUGCGCCCUAUCAAGGAGGAAAUAUUGACGAUGGUAGUGAUGGUUGUUCGGGGAAUUGCGGUUGAGGGGAAGUUUCGCCACCGAAGGCGAAAACCAAACCACCGGUAGGUGAAAGCCCGAUGACAAUCGCCAUUCUCGCCCAGGUGCCAAGAAUGGUGCCCUCGUUCUUCCGCCGUUGUAGCUCACUCCAUCAUUGAGUGAUCGGUUGGUUUUGAGAUUUUCACUUUAUUGGUGGAUUUUGCUGCUACGGAUGAGAGAAACGGCCGUGGACGAGCGAGUUCCCAUCACCAAAGAACGUGAGAGUCAACAAGACUGUGGUUGACCUAAGUAUCAAUGAAGCUCAGAGUAAGUGACUCAUCGCUAGUUGCGAAUCCCACACUGAAAACUAACAUAGCCGUUGUUGGGUUAAAAUUAUCCCCACAGAGGAAGAAAAAGCCGAGCCUGCGGCAUUUGUUGACUUUCGUAUGUGAUUUGCGGCACCCGCCGUCUUGAUUUUUUUGCAUCUAGGGAAGAAAUGGGAAGUUUUUACCCGUAUUGACGGGUGUCCGCUUGCGGGUGUAGGAAAAAUCCCCUUUCGGUUACACUGUUCAGCCCGUCCUGAGCCGGGAUUACCGAAGUUUUCCCAGCGGCGUUGGCGUGUCAUGUCCACAGCUACUUGUUAGCUUCGUAAAGCAACUUACAUGUACUCCUACGAAUUUAAUACGGAGUGAGUCGGGCUCUACGAAGAUGGACUAGGAGUGAGUCGGGCUAGCUGGACCGAUACAGCAGUGAGUGUAGUUUGUCGGGGAUGUGUUCGGGAAUAGACAAGGAGUAAGUCGGGCUACAGUGUAUGGACCACCGAUACAGUUACUGCUGCAGUUCGUCGGCGACCGUGUUUGGCAUGCGCGAAGCAUGAGUCCCCUGGAAACGGGGGUUGGGCAGGUGAUGCAGCACGGCGUCACGUGAAACCUGCAGAAGUCCCGAGCGGAGCGAGGUUGUUGUCCUUGUGUCCUUGUUCCGUUGACCUGGAACAUUUAUUUUCGUUGUUUCUCCGUCACGUCGUGGAACUUGAGACUACCAGAACAAACUGUCAUGGAUUUCGGGAGAAUAGGUUCUCCAUCUUGGCCGUGAUGUCCCUGGAGGCGUACAAGAAACUUGCUUCGUGCGUACAUGGUGCACUCCGGAGAUCUUGCGUUUUUUUUUUU